AUGACAUUAGUGAACUUAAUUAUUGCAGAAAACAAAGGAGACCAGUCCAGAGAUGCUGACUCCAGAGGCAGAUAUGUGAAAAAGGAGAACACGAGACCAAGUUCAAGGCCCAAGCUGACCAAGCAUGGCUCAGAUCUGUCCACCACAUCUUCGGCCAGCUAUAUCACCGAGGAAGACCUGGCCAGUGUUCCCAAGAGGCUCCAGGAGUUUGACGAUGAACGGAGGAUCAGUGAGACAGGCAGUGCUAGCUACCUUACUUUGGAAUCAGACCCAGAGCCUCGUCCUCUGUCUCGCAGCCGAGCAAGUUCUCGGUUCAGCUCAGAGCCCCUUUACCAAAUGUACAAUCAAGAUUUUAUUAAGCGUAACACUUUGGACAGGAAAAUGAAAAUGCCAACACAUGCUGAAGAAGACAGUGAUGAAGAGUCCAGUGAUAACGACCUCUACGAUGACACAGAGAUUGGGCCCCUAUCCCACAAUUCAUCAACCUCCGAGGAUGCAUACAGCUACGAUCAGGCGGAGGAUGUAAGGAAAUCUCAGGCUUCUGAAAGCAGUCAACACACGUCGAAGUUGUAUGCAAAGACACCAACAGGAACUAGAACACUUUGGUGCGAGAUGCCUGAGGUUAAAAAUAGUGGGGUCUUGGAGCGAAUGUCUUCUACAGAACGCAAGUUGCAAGAGGCAAUUUUCGAAGUGAUCACAUCAGAGGCAUCUUACCUCAAAAGCCUUGACCUCUUGGUGGAGCAUUUCAUGAACGCAGAAGCCUUCAACGCAGAGCAUUCCAUGAAGUGCGUGCUUGAACGGCGCGACAGACACGUGCUGUUUUCAAACAUCAAGGCUGUGCGAGAUGUCAGUGAGAAAUUUCUCAACGAACUGGAACCAAAAAUGAUAAGCUAUAUGUCCUCGUUUAUGGAGGAUCUGGAAGACACCUGGAAAAAGAGCAUCCAUCUAACAGAUCUGUGUGACGUCAUCACUCAUCACGCUGAGAAAAACUUCCAAGUCUACGUCACUUACUGCAGCAACCAGAUGUACCAGGAUAGGACGCUGAAGAAAUUACAAAAAGAGAACCUUGAAUUUGUGGAAGAGUUGCGGAGGUUGGAAUCGGACCGUGAGUGUCAGGGUUUGAAUAUGAACUCCUUCCUACUCCUUCCUAUGCAGAGAAUCACCAGACUUCCUCUGUUGAUAGACGCCAUACACCACCGCAUGGAGAGUGGGACAAAGGAGCACCAAGCCGCUUUACAUGCACAUGGGGUGCUCCAGAAGCUGGUAAAGGAUUGCAACGAGGGAGCAAGAAAAAUGGAGAGAACGGAAGAAAUGUGCAACAUCAGCAAUCAGCUGCAGUAUGCCAAAGUGAAAAAGAAGCUGGCCCUAAUCUCCACCUCUCGUUACCUGGUAAAACAAGGCGAUCUGGCACGUAUAGUCUGGGAGCAGCCGAGUCGCUUCUCCCUGGGCAAACCCAAGCCUACAAAACAGACCCUGUACUUCUUCCUGUUUAAUGACCUUCUCCUGGUCACCAAGAAAAAAGGAGAUGAGUAUUCAGUUAUAGAUCAUGCUCAGAGGAGUCAAAUCCACCUGGAGGACAUACAGUUAGAUGCCAUGCAAAAGGAUCACCGUCUUCCCUACGGAAUUCCAGUAGGCUGCGACCACUUGUUCAUCCUGGUACUGCUCUCUAAUCACGAAGGCAAGAAUGUGGAGAUGGUCAUUUCUUGCGAGUCUGUGAGUGAGAAGCAGCGUUGGAUGGAUGCCUUGUCGUCGUCACAUGAUGAA